AUGCGCUUCCUAAUCGUGCUGGCCAUGUUGGCCGCGGUGGCCCUUGCCAAUCCGCUGAUUAACAUUCGAGUCAACGUGGAUAGUCAAACGGGAUUACCACCGGGACCGGGACCAUACCCACCACCUGGGCCGGGACCAUACCCACCACCGGGACCGAAUCCGGAGGAGCCGCCACCGCAACCCUACAGAAAGGAUGCCCUGGAACCGGCGGCACUUCCCGCUGACUCGGACGUGAUCUAUCCGAUAAACGAAGCAGUUGCACCGUUGGUCAACAUUGAGGUAUUCGUUGACAACCAGCGCCAAGGCAACAUUCCAAUUGUUCCGGAGUAUCCUCCACCUCCUCAGCCAUACUAA